AAUUUAUUUAUUAGCUCGUGUCGCAAAGUGUUUAAAUCGUGAGAUAAUCACGGCAUGUGUGAUGCGAGUAAUUUCCAAAGUUUUCCAUUUAGUGACCUUGAGAGACGAACGUUAAUGAAGAUGACGGCAGAUAUUCAAUGUCAUGCGGCGAAUGGCACGCAUCCAAAAUUCGCGAAAUCAGCACUCUUUGCUCCCGUUCCUCGCUUAUGUCAAAAACUGCACAAUUCGCGUGGAACAGAUAUUAUUUAAAGAAUAUUAUUAUUAAUAUUAUUUGAAACUUAAAUAGUCAAUUCAAGUGUUAUUUGGUGCUCAGGGGAAAGGAAUAUUUAACAAGAUGACAAGCAACCAACUUGUGUAUGAGGAACCUGAUGGCAGUAAAUUGUCACGUAAAGCAAAGGAGUCUCCAUUCAUGGUAGCAGGUCUUUUUGGAUUAAUUGGGAUAUGUGCUGUUGGUGCUUACAAAUACAGAACUAAAGGCCAAAUGAGCACUAGCAUAUUUCUUAUGCAGCUUCGAGUGGCUGCUCAAGGCACUGUUGUAUCUUGUCUUACAUUAGGUUUAGCUUAUAGUAUGGUUCAGAAAUAUUGGCUGGAUAAAAAGCAAGAUUAAUACAACUCACGGUUAGAUAACGAAUUUUGACAGAGUCUCUAUAAGCAAAAAAACUUCAGUUAUGUAUGAUAUAAUAUUUGCUCUUUACCAAAGCAAUUAUUUAAAAUUAUCAAAUCAAUUCAAUAUUUACUUUGCACGCUAGCAGUGCCUAGAUAUUAAGAAUAAAAAUAAAUCUAAUGCACCUCAGUACAAUUAUUCAAAAAAUUGCAUAUAAUAUAGUUACCAACAAAUAACUAUUUUUCUUAUAUGUAAUGGUUAAUUAAGGUAUCUGCUAAAUUCAGAGUUACUUUGAAUGUGGAAUGUAGGAGCAUUAGAUAAAUAUAAAUAGUAAUUUUUUUAAUUAUUGAAUGGGAAUCUUGCAUAUGAUAGUUGCUGCAUGAUGACAAAUUUUUAGUGUAUCUGAUAAUUUGCAGUAGAUAAAAAGAGAAAACAUGUAAGAUUUCUAUUUGAAUGUGUUUAUUUUGUAUCGAAUAACUCAAAUUUUUCCUGGAGUGAAAAUGUUCGAUAACUUAGGCUUAUGGAGUCUCUAUAGGAUUAGUGUAGGUUGAAGAAUGCUUUUAGAAUGGCUGAUGUUGUUUGUGUUAUCUGUCCAAAUGUUAUUUAGAAUUCCUCGUAAGGUUGAAUUCAAAAUUUAAAUAUUUAUAUCAGUAUAAAUUU